AUGGUGUCUGGCUUCUUCAGAUCGGUGGUUUCCACGCACCAGCCCAAACUGCCAAUCAAGUUUACUUCUGCGAGUGGGUCCAAGACGAUCGCUGCGAUCAUCAAGGAGUCAGUGCCCGAGUUUGAGAACGGUGCUUCUUUCUUCGUGAACCCGCUUCUUUCCAGCGGCCACUCUCAAACUGCCUACACCGCCAUCAACAAGUUUGAGAAUGUUGACUUGGUCCACUACAAAAGAAGAGUUCUCACGGUCGAUUCGCAAAAUAAGUUCUACUAUGUGAAUGGCGACAAGAUGCCAUACGACCGCUGGAAUGGCCAAAGCACCUUCGCUAUUGACUACGUGGUGCCCGAGGGAAGCGAUCCAGACCAUGAGAAGUUCAGGCCAGCCUCGCAGGUGAGAGAACUUCCUCCUAGAACUGAAUACUUAGACCCUGCAAAAGAGCAGGAGUUGCUAGACAACGAUAAACCGCUUGUGGUGGCUCUUCACGGUCUCAGUGGAGGCUCCUACGAGUCCUACAUUCGUGCGUUCAUCAACAAGGUGACUAAAGCUCCAUACAACUUCGAUGGGUUGGUGCUCAACGCUAGAGGAUGUGCUAACCAUACCAUCACGUCUCCACAGCUCUUCUGCGGCUUGUGGACUAACGACUUGCGGUACUUGAUCAAUGAACAUAUUAAGAAGCUUUGGCCGAACAAGAAGAUUUUCCUCAUUGGUUUCUCCUUGGGUGGUGCUAUCACUGCCAAUUACUUGGGCCAAGAAGGAAGAGACGUCUACCGUAAUAUCAAGGGCGCCGCAGUAGUCGGUGCUCCAUGGGAUUUCCAGGUCGCCUCGCAUGCGCUUGUGGAGACGUACUUGGGAAGCAAGAUCUACUCGCCUACGAUGUGUCAGAAUUUACUCAAGUUGUUAAAUGUUCACCUGAGCACCGACAAUGUUAAGUUUGGCGAGAUCAUUGAGGAGUACAAGAAAAACCCAGAAUCUUUUGAACUCAAGUUGCUUCGUGACUUUGACGACGUGUUCACCUCCCGAAUGUUCGGCUUUAAUUGUGCUUCUGAAUACUACAGACACGCUUCUCCAGACCAGCGUCUUUUGAAUGUGAGAGUGCCAACUUUAAUAGUAAGCUCUUUGGACGAUCCUAUCGUCGGAAGCAAGUCUUUGCCUUACCCAGAAGUGAGCCUCAAUCCAUACACAUACUUGGUGGCAACGUCGAUAGGUGGCCAUUUGGGAUGGUUCAACCUUCAACAUAACAGAUGGUACCCGGACCCAAUCUCGAAGGUAUUUGUAAAGUUGGCAGAGUCUGAGCCACAGGAAGACGGUUCAGUGCUUCCCAGAGCAACUGAUGGUAUCUGGAAACACGACCGGAUCAUCCUGUAA